AUGGGUGGAGGCGAUCUGAAUUUAAAAAAGAGUUGGCAUCCUCAAACUUUACAAAACAUUGAAAAAGUAUGGAAGGCAGAACAAAAGGCCGAGGCGGAAGCCAAGAAAAUCGAGCAACUUCAGCGGGAGUUACACGAGGAACGGCAGAGAGAGGAAAUGCAGAGAUAUGCCAUUGAUCAAGGAAUUGCAAAGAAGAAAUCUGAUCGUUUAGAAUGGAUGUACUCGGCGCCAGGACAUGCUGGUAUAAACCGGGAGGACUACUUGUUGGGAAAAGCGAUUGAUAAAGCUGUUGAUCCUUUGGCCACAAAUGAUGAGAAGAAUGCCGAUGCACCAGGGGCAUGUUUUAUGGACACUGACAGUCCGAGUGAAAGCAAUGACCUUGCAGCAAAGAUCAGAGACGAUCCCCUGUUCAUGAUCAAGAAGAAAGAGAAUGAGAAAAAGAAGGAGCUUCUUAAGAAUCCUGUUCGGAUGAAACAGUUGCAACAAAUGUUGAAAGAGGAUUUAAAGAAGAAGAAAAAGAAAGAUAAAAAGCGAAAAAAGGAAAAGAGAAAAAGGGUUUCUUCUGAUGAAGAAAGAACAAAUAAUCAUCGUUCAAAGGCUUCAUUGAGAAAAUACCACUCAUCUUCAAGUGAUGAUAGCGAUGACCACGGUUCUACAAACACAGAGAAUCUAGAAAGCAAAGGGUAUAUUCUAGUUCUCCUGAAAGAAACUCUGUCAGAUCAGGUAGAAAAAAGGACAAAACAGAAAAGAAAGUUCAUAAUAAACACACAAGGUCAAGAUCCAGAUCUGAGUCACCUAAGAGAGAUUCUUCAAGAAAAUAUUCCAGGUCAUCUAGUCCAAGAAGAGAACGAAGAGGUGGAGCCACAUCAAAUGGCCAUUCGAGAGAAAGGCACUAUCGUAACGCAGAUACCAAAGAGGGCAAAAGACAUCAGGAUCAACGACAUAGAUCUCAGUCCCCGUCGUCAAGACAACCUGGAAGAAGAUGAGGCUGAGGCAAAACAAAUUGCACAGAACACCCAGAAAGGAGCAAGUUUUGUCCAGCCAAUGAAAGUUCAAACAUACACCUCCUCGGAUGCGUCUGUGGAAAACAGAAUAAAAAGGAAUAUUAAUUCUCUCCAAAGAACUCCUGCAGCUAUGGAGAAAUUUUUGAAGAAAUAA